UGCAUAUAUAUAGCCAUUAGGCAGACCAGUGCAUAUAUAUAGCCAUUAGGCAGACCAGUGCAUAUUGUAGCAGCCCCGGCAAGGGUGGUCUCGCCCCUAAAGAAGGAAGAUGCGACUUUCGGUAACAAAACAAUAUGAAACUUUAUUCCAGGUUCACUUGGUCAUCAAUUAUUGAACAUACACUUAGAAAUAUAACUUAGUAGAUCCUUCUUGGGCUUUCCUUCCGGUGGCUUUGAAUUUAGGACUAGCGAUCAGAAUAGUAUACAAAAAUGAUGGCUAUUUAAUCGGGGAAAUUAUGUAAUUUAUGAAAAUAUAUUUGUGAUUUACUUUACAUGUAACUUGGGAAAAUUUACUUUACUUGAAAAAUAUUCAUGGAAUGUGCCCUUUAAGACGAGGUUCUAAGAAUUGGGGAGGGAGGAGUUAGUGCUAUUGACUCUUACCAUGCAAGCGCCAAUGAGUGAAUGACAAUGGAAAGCCUGUGGGCCUUAUAUACCUUCGCUUUAGGUGUCACGUGACUGUCUCGACCAAUCAAAUCACGUAAAAAGGGGACGUAUUUUGCCUAGGAAGGAUCUACUUUACAAUACUGGUACCUGAAAUGUAAUUAUUAUCAAUAAACAACUAUUCUUUGAGGAGGCAAUAAGUUGGCAAUACAAAUAUAUAGCUAAUCUGACUAAUAAACAACUCUUAGAAUACUAAUUGAUGUACAGAAUAAUAAUAAAAUUAAUGUAAUAACAAUGCGUCCUUGAUUACGUCUCGAUUACGUCCCACGACGUUACCAUGACCGAACAUUACGCCUCAAAUACAAAAGACUAAUUUUAACAAGGUAGAACUCAAUAUCGCUAUAUACAACCGUUACAAAUUAUGCGAGGAAUAACAUACUCCAUCCAAUUUCGAUGAAGAUGAAAAGGUAAAUUAACGGAUAAUUAUAUGAUUAGCCCCGAAAAUAUUAGCACAAUCCCUGUUGCCAAGUUGAUCACGGCGUAUGAAUUUCCUAGUUCUACACAAACAAGUCAAGCAAGGCCUUGCUUGAACCGAGCGUAAUGUUUAAUCUAAGCACAAUAGACUUAAUUGAACCUAGAUACGAUAAUCUAACAACCCUUUAUAAGUAUCACUUUAUUAGCGAUCAUCUCUUAGACAUUUAUUUAUUAUUGGUAAUAACUAGAAAUAAGAAGUAUUUGUGUCCCCGUCAUCGACCUCGCUCUAACAACCGUUUUCGAAAAUGGCGGCUUCCCAGACCCUCGUAGAAAUCGAGAGGAAGUUAAAAGGAUUUACUCUAUGAAUCAGGAUUAUAGCAGUUCAUGGAUAUAAUAGUGAACAUAAUAUGAAGGUGAGGUAAUGAUUAGUGUAUACCGUAUGUGUAGUCCCUUUGACGUCAAACACCAAUAAACCGGAUUAAGACUAAAAAAUCAACACAAAUGGGCAUGCAAAAGGGGAGAAAAGAGAGAGAGAGAGAAUUGCUAUAAAUAGACGAACUACAAUUCGUGGGUGUGGUCUGCCUCCAUUAGAAGUUAAUUAAAGAUGGCCUCCUGUGUAACUAGAGAUGUAUCUGAGGAAGAACUUGAAGAUAUCAGAUUAAAAGCUAUAGACUGGGCAUUGGCAAAUGGCAUAUCAAUGAGACCGAGUACUUUAUCAGAAGAUCAAGAUAAAGUUGUCCAUGCACCAUUUACUUUGUUCCCAACAACAAUAUCUGAAUCUAAUUUACAACUAGCUACGCAAUCUAUGGUACAUUUUAAUCGUCUGAUGCACCAUGUUGCCAUGGAUCAUCAAUUAUUACAAGAAUCAUUUAAACAUAUUAUAGAUGUGGAUGAAUUUACCGAGAGACUAUGGAAUAUUUAUAUGGCGGUCUGGAAUGAUGAAAGGGUUCAGCCGGUUUGGUUUGGUUUAUUUAGAAACGAUUUUCUGUUAGAUGAAGAUCCAGAUACGUCCAAAUUACAGUUAAAACAAGUUGAGAUGAAUACCAUAGCCGCUGGUUUUGGCGGUGUUGGGUCGAAACUGGCUGAUUUUUAUCGGUAUAUAUUGGACCUGAUUGGCGUGGAAUAUACAUAUAACCAGAUACCAGAUAGCCAAUCCGUGUAUGGAUUUGCUUCAGGAUUUGUUAACGCCUGGGGGAUGUAUGGAAAUCCAAAGGCUGUCAUUUUGUUCAUUGUAAAACACAACGAAAGAAAUAUUAUGGAUCAACGACUUCUAGAAUAUGAAAUCUAUAAGCAGAACAAAAAUAUAAAAAUUAUUAGAAAGACUUUUGAGGAACUAGUAAAAGAUGGAAAACUGACAGAAGACCGAAAAUAUUUCAUAGGAAAGGAAGAAGUUGGUGUUGUAUAUUAUAGAGUAGGGUAUGCACCUACAGAUUAUACUGACAAGAUCUGGACUAUAAGAAUAGAAUUAGAGAAGGCCUGGUGUAUAAAAUGCCCACCUAUACAAUACCAACUUGUAGGAGCUAAGAAAAUACAACAAGUGUUAACUAAACCUGGUAUAUUAGAUAAAUAUAUAUCAGAUAUAUCAAUUAAACAAUUAAUACAAUCUACAUUUGUUGGUCAAUAUUCAUUGGAUAUGGGAGAAGAAGGUGAUAAAGCUUUAAAUAUGGCUGUCAGUAAUCCUGAUCAAUUUGUUUUAAAGCCACAAAGAGAGGGUGGAGGCAACAAUUUGUAUGGCGAAGAAAUGAAAGAGUUUUUAUUAAGUAUAGCAACAUGUUCGGAGAGAAGUGCCUAUAUUUUAAUGGAUAGAAUAUAUAGUAAACCCCAGUUAAAUUCUAUAGUUAAAACUGGAGUACCAUUUACCAAGUUAAACUGUGUAUCAGAAUUAGGAAUAUUUGGAUGUUUCAUUGGGGCUAAAGAUAAAGAGCUCUACAACAUAUCUUGCGGCCAUAUGUGGAGAACAAAACUGGCAGACACAGAUGAGGGAGGUGUCAGUGCUGGAUUCGGUGGACUUGAUUUUCCGUUUUUUAACAUUCCAUAAACGGCAAUACUAUAUACCGGAAAACACCGGAAAACAACCGGAAAACGCCAUUUUAUACUGAAUACCGGAAAACACCGGAAAAACACUAAAUACCGGAAAACACACUAAAUACCGGAAAAUACCCUAAAUAGGUAUCCCGGAGACUGGCACCCUAAAUAGGUAACCGGGAGCCUGGUCCUCUGUGUGCCUGGGUUAGGGUUAGAGUUAGGGUUAGUUUCCGGUUGAUAGUAUAGCCCUUCUCCGGGUUACCUAUAUAGGGUGGUUUCCGGUAUUUAGUGUGUUUUCCGGUAUUUAGUGUUUUUCCGGUGUUUUCCGGUAUUCAGUAUAACAUGGUGUUUUCCGGUAGUUUUCCGGUUGUUUUCCGGUGUUUUCCGGUAUAUAGUAUGGCCCUUCCAUAAACUACAUUAUUUUCACUAAACAUAUUAUUAUUCGUUGGUUUUUAAUAAUUUAGAUAGAUAAAUAAAAACAAAUAUAUUUUUGGGGAUUUGCUUUGUAUAAAUUAUGUUAAUGGUGUUUUUUUUCAUAUGUUUUCUAAAAAUAAGAAAAAACGGGUUAUAGUGUCAAUGAUUGAAAACGGUAAAUUAAAGAUACAUUAUGGGAGAUUAGAUAAAUAGCUGGCAGUUCUCGCUAUAAUAGUUAAACUAGAUAAUGUAAAGGGAAUUUGCUGAAAAUUUCAGUCAAAUUGAUCCUCUCUGAACCGAGAAUUUAGCAAUUGAAUUUUCGGCCUAGCCUCGAUCAUCAUUACCGAAAACGGUACGUUAAAAAAGACAUAGACUCGAUUAUCCAUAUUUUUAUUUAAUCAUGAAUGAGCGUUGAGCAGCAGAUCGGAUUAUAAUCCAGUAAAUAUCACAAGCUAGCGAUGACACUAAGAGUUGAUUAUGGUUUGGAUAAGUUAAUUAAUGUCUAAUUAAUAAUUUAGAUUCCAGUUAGAUUAAAGAUUGGGUUUCAGAAAUUUUGUAUAUUAUAUUUGUAUUGUGUGCCGUUAUUCAUUUUUAUCAUUUAUUUUUAUUUUUUA